AUGACAGGUGGCGCGCAGAUGGACUUUAUAGCGGUAACGAUUACAUGUGCCUUGUGCCCAAAAGAUGCGAGUGCAGGGGUGGUAGUCUGCUUGGCAUGGUGGCAUCGACACCCGUAUUUGACUCCAGGAGUAGUACUUGUCAUUCGAAACGUGGGCUUGCUCGAGAGUCCGAACAAUGUCCUCGGUCGCCCGAGCAGAGUUCGAGUAAACGCCGUAAGUCUUCGCAGCGGCCGGUUUCCCGUCGGACAGGGCCAAAAGGGGAGGUCGGGAAAGAUGGGUGGACUACGGGGCGAUGCCGCCCAGCCGCGCCUGGAACGACAUCACAGUGCAGCUGUAGGCCCUGUCCAUGCCCUGUCCCCCCUUCUCCGCACCGCUGCACCCAUUCACCCUGACGGAUCCGCCCGGCACCCGACCAGGGCUGAAGCCGCAGUCCUCCAGCUCACUGCCAAAAAGGCCCACUUGCCAACCGUGCAACUUUUCCACCGCCAGCAUAAAGCCGUGCUCGUGCUCCCCGACUCUCCCCAAAAGAAGGCCGCGAGUCAAAUUUCCACCCUUGGCCCCUGCACGUCUAGAGGGCAGAGUACGCAAUUUUCUCCUUGGAUUCCGAAAUCCUGA